AUGCGAUGCGCGAGCAAGGCCGCCGAGAGCGCGUCCGCACGUCUCUGCGCGGAUACCGAAGCAGAAACCGCAGCAGCUGAUGUCUCAUCGGUUGCUGAAGCGACUCAGCCUGUGUCUCCUGGUGAUGCAGGCGCUCGUCAUGAAGACACUCAUGUCUUCACAGAGUAUGAGCUCGGAGUCUCAUACUCUCCUGAUACGGAAGAUGGAUCUGUAUCGAUGGCGAUCGAAACCAAGCCGCCUGCCAAGCGUGGCAUGGAUGAUGCUACGCGUCGUAGUAUCUUUGGUUCGUCUGACGAAUCAGACGAACCAUCGCCAAAGCGAAGGCGCUCGAGAUCGCAAGACUCGGGCGCUAACAGUGGUGUCGGUUCUCCUAUUGACACCACUUCGCAACGAGGUGUCAGUCCUUCUGUCGGCACGUCGCAGGAAGAGCGGGACCGCAAUGUCUUGCGUCUCGCUCCCGAGAAGAAGGCAUGGAUGCCUCCUAAAUCCGUCAUGGAUCACUUGUCGGCGACGACGAGUGAUCGUUAUCGAACACGGUUGUUCGAUUUGUCAAGGAUCCAUCACCUUGACCCCAGUGCGAAAAACUAUCGCGCUGAGAAUGAAUUCUUCAUCGAUGCUUUCUUUAGACAUCGACGGUACCGUGGGAAUCACAAACGUGAUAAUCCCUCACUGCUUCAAGCGUGGAACGCCUACAUCCAUAACCUCGGGGAUGUAGGUCGUGACGUUUGGAACGACAAACUUAUCAAAGCUCGUGAUAAGUUGAAAAGCGAACCUCGACAGGUGCACGCUACAAGCUGCAUCGUCUGUCAAGGGAGAAGGAAUUACCCUGCCUCAUCUGGGGAGACUCGUGCCCAUGUUGUGUGA